AUGAAUGAAGAAGGAGGAUAUCUAGGUGCGAUGACAUAUCAGUGCUUGUAUAGUGGCGUAUUGGAUCGUAUUGUCCAAAAUCGUCGGAAUGACGAUACUGCUGUUUAUAUGAUUCAACGGUUGCGGAGCACUUUGAGACAGGCUGAUAUUUCUUCACCGUCCUUUCUUUUCGAUUUCACGAAAGUUUUGCUGAUGGACUCAGAAUUAAAUGUUAACCUUCAGGAAGCUUUCUUGCGAAGACAGGCAACUGCACCAACUGACGAUUUAGAGUUACCAAAUCUACGUCAAAGAGAAUAUCAGGAAUUGUCAUCGAGGGCAAUUGCUCUACGACGAGUUUUGGCUCGUGUACCUGAAGAGAUGUCUGAUCGACGGACUUUUCUGGAAACAAUAAAGGAGAUUGCUUCAUCUAUUAAAAAACUUUUAGAUGCUACAAAUGCAGUAAUGCAGGUUAUUCACCCAAGCGUUCAACUUUCGGUCGAGAAGCGGAAGCGGGAAUUUGUUCAUUAUUCAAAACGCUUCAGCAACACAUUAAAGGAGUACUUCAAAGAUCAAAACGCAACUCAGGUUUCGACUUCGGCUAACCAGCUGAUUUUCCAAACAGUUUUGUUGAUUAGGACUAUACGGGAGAAAAUGCGGAAGGUAUCUUCUCAAAAAAGUCCAACAAGUAUCGAAGUGAAUAAUCAAUUGUUAAGCAGUGGAUAUAAAUGUGGCGAAAUAAUUGGAAAAGGAACAUAUUCUAAGGUUCAGCUGGCUUCAUCGAAAAAACAUUCUAAAAAUGUCGCAAUUAAAAUUAUCAAUAGACGUUCACAAACCGAUUUCAUAAUUCGCUUUCUUCCACGUGAAUUACAAAUUUUACCAAUACUCAGUCAUUCAAACAUUAUUGAAACUUAUGAGGUAAUCGAUUGUGGUUCAACAGUUUUCAUCAUUCAAGAGUAUGCUGGUGGCAGAGAUUUGUUAUAUCAAAUUAAAAAAAAGGAACGACUCAGUGAAAAUAUAUCCAAAUUUCUCUUUCGACAACUACUUGAGGCACUUAUGUAUUUGAAAACGCUUGAAAUAGCACAUCGUGAUCUAAAAUGUGAAAAUAUAUUCUUGGAUAUCUGUGGGAAUAUUAAACUUGGCGAUUUUGGAUUCUCAAGAUUAAUGCACAGUAAUGAUAUAUCACAUACUUUUUGUGGUUCAAGAGCUUAUGUACCACCAGAAGUGCUUAGAUCGCAACCUUACACGGGUUUCUUUGUUGAUCUAUGGAGUGCAGGAGUCGUAUUAUUUGUGAUGGUUACCGGUUUAAUGCCAUAUGAUGAUCAAAAUCCACGAAGAAUGCUCUCAAAGCAAUUGCAGCAUAGAUUAACAUUCCCUCGUAAAAUAUUGCUAAGCGAAGAAGUAAAAACUUUAAUUUACGAAAUAUUACAUCCAAUACCAUCUCAGCGUAAGCAAUACUCGGAUAUUCUGAUAUCAACUUGGCUUGCGGAUACUCCGUAUAAAUUUCGAACAACAAACAAUUGUAACAAAGAUGAUAUACUAGAGUGUCUAUAA